ACAUGCCGAACGAAGGUACAAUUUGCUUGAUCACCGAGCUACGGGACUUUACAACAACUUAAGAUAUUAUAUCUUCAAAAAUGAAGACUGUUCUACUGUUGGUUGUUGUUAUUGCUGCAGUAGCGUAUGCGCGAGAUGUAGCGAGUAGCACCAACGCAGACCAAGAUGUAGUACAGUACAGAAACAGGCGUUCCCUAAUCUCAAAAUGGGUGAAAACUGCUGGUGACUCAGGCGUGACAGAGGACGACACAAGCGAUGAAAAUUCAUCUUCUGACACCGCUUCAACAAAUAGCCGAAAGAAGCAAUCGUUAUUACCGAUAAAAAAUAUUGUAUCAGGAACUGUUCAACACGUCAAAGAUGACGUGAAGAAGGUAGUAGGAGGCACCGUGGAUGCUGUUGGAGAUAUGCUGGGUGCUGUUGGCAGCACGGUAGGCACUGUUGGAGACGCGCUGGGUGCUAUUGGCAGCAAUGUAAAUGCUGUUGGAGAAGCAAUAACAGGAAGGGGUAAAGGCACCGCUGAGAGUGAUAACACUACUACAAGCGAUGAGGAGAAUUCAUCUUCUGACACAGCUUCAAGCUCAGAUAAUGCAUCUUCUGACACAGCUUCAAGCUCGGAUAAUGCAUCUUCGGACACAGCUUCAAGCUCUGAUAAUGCAUCUUCGGACACCGCUUCAAGCUCGGAGAAUGCAUCUUCGGACACAGCUUCAAGCUCGGAUAAUGCAUCUUCGGACACCGCUUCAAGCUCGGAUAAUGCAUCUUCGGACACAGCUUCAAGCUCGGAUAAUGCAUCUUCGGACACCGCUUCAAGCUCGGAUAAUGCAUCUUCGGACACAGCUUCAAGCUCGGAUAAUGCAUCUUCGGACACCGCUUCAAGCUCGGAUAAUGCAUCUUCGGACACAGCUUCAAGCUCGGAUAAUGCAUCUUCGGACACAGCUUCAAGCUCUGAUAAUGCAUCUUCGGACACCGCUUCAAGCUCUGAUAAUGCAUCUUCUGACACAGCUUCAAGCUCAGAUAAUGCAUCUUCGGACACCGCUUCAAGCUCAGAUAAUGCAUCUUCAGACACCGCUUCAAGCUCGGAUAAUGCAUCUUCGGACACAGCUUCCAGCUCGGAUAAUGCAUCUUCGGACACCGCUUGAAACGGCAAAAUUUAUAAAAAUCUUGACUACGAACUAUAACAGCUACUUAUCUAGACAAGACACCACCGUUAACUUGCGAAUAUUGUCCACAAUGUCAAGUAUUUCAAGCAAAGUGAAAACAGUACCUUUAUGAAAUGGUCGAAAGUAUCUACUUUAAAAAAGCAAAUUGCUGCACCAAUUUAAUUACUUUAUGUCACUGGGGGAAAAUGUAAAGAACUUACUAAGGCUAACAAGAGCUGGGAUAACGCUAUAAUGCACCUUACAAUUUUGAAAACUUAAGUAAUACACGAGUUUUAUUGAUGUAACGACGCUUCAUAAGAUGUCGAUGUACUUAAUAAGAAAGAGGUGUCAAAUUACUUCAACCAAAUCAAGAUUCCUGUCAUCAACUUCGGCAGCUUCUAAUCUUCAGCAGCUCAUAUGCACGUCGCAAGACCAUUUUCGUAUUAAACAAGAUACGAUUAUGUUUCGAGAAUUUGUCAAGUGUCCAAGCUGUGUAUGGCAGUUUUAAUCAUGUGAUGCUUGACGGUAUCUUCCAUGUUAACAUAAGUGCUACAGCAAGCAGUUGGAGGUGACCUGGACAUGAAGUUGCUGGUGGUGGAAGACGGGACUCCUAAAGGAAAGUGCUACUGCUCCUGCAAUCUGAACAACCAGCCGGUUUUCCUCGAAAUAGACUCCGAUGAUAUGAACGGGGCGUAUCCCUUACUUUGAAAGCGUCUCGCGCUAAUAUAUCAGUCUCCAAAGCAAUUUGUCGAAUUACUGUAAUAUUCUGAAUUAACUGUGGUAAACUUGUCGGAUUAUGUCCAACGUUUUUGCUUCGUCUACCGGAAUAUGUGAAAUAAAAACUAUGUUAUUGUAAA